AACAACUUAUAAGUCUAUAUACCAAACCAAGCAUGUACGACCUCGUCAUAAUCGGCGCCGGCCUCAGCGGCCUACAAGCAGCCUACACGGCAAAACAAGCCGGACUCUCCGUCGCAGUUCUAGAAGCAAGGAACCGCGUCGGCGGCAAAGUCUGGACGGUCCCCUUAUCUUCAGGGCGCGGAUUCGCAGACCUCGGCGCCGCCUGGGUGAAUGACUCCCUGCAGCCGCUGGUGUGGUCGUAUGUGCAGCGAUUCGGGCUAAAGACAACGACUCAGCCGAUUGAGGGGACUGCGAUUAUGCAGAUGGAGGAUGGCCGGAUGGAGUUUCCUUUUGGGAUUGUUCCUGAGUUUCCCGAGGAGGAGAAGCAGAACCUCAUCAAGAUCCGCGAUCAUAUUGAGGAGAAGUCCAAGAGAAAGGAGGCUCCGCGGGCGGAGGAUGACCAGGUAUCGCUUGAUCAGUACGUGAGGAACCUCGGAGCGAACGAGACGACGGCCAAGAUGGUCAAUAUCUGGACAAGGGCCAUGCAUGGAAUGGAGUCCACCGAGGAGUCGGCAGCAUAUUUCAUCGACUACUGUCGCAGCAACCACGGCCUGCUCGCUGUCCGGGCAGACGAUAGGAGUGGCGGUAAUUAUAUGCGGUUGCAUGGUGGAACGAUGGAAAUCGCCGGCCAAAUGGCAGCCCUAAUCGGCAAAGAAAACAUCCACCUCAACACCCCCGUCAUCUCCAUCGACGACCAAACCAGCAAAGUCAUAAUAACAGCAAAAUCUGGAACUGAAUUCCACGCCAGGAAAUGCAUCGUCUCCAUCCCCAGCACCAUGUACCGUGAGCUGAAAUUCACUCCUCCCCUCCCACCUCCAGUCCAGGAGAUCACCAACGCCACCAGACUAGGCCACUACAACAAAGCCAUCGUCUGCUACAAUAGACCCUGGUGGAGGGAACUAGGCUAUAACGGUUUCUUCUUCAGCUAUAAAGGUCCCGUCUCGAUUGCCCGAGACUCCAGCAUCCCUGAAAAGGGUCUAUACGCACUAACAUGCUUCGUAAACGGCCGCGCAGGCGAGGAAUGGAGCAAGCUGGACGUUCAUGCUCGUCGACGCGCAGUUCUACAGCAGCUAGCAGCCGUAUAUAAUGUCGACAACGACUCUGAGCUCUGGCGCCCGAUUGAAUUUUUCGACCAGAUCUGGCAGCAUGAGGAGUUUAGCCGUGGCGCUCUAGCCCCUAUCCCAGCCCUGGGUCAUUAUACCAGAUUCGCAGAUGUUUAUGGGAAACCUGUUGGGAAUUUGCACUUUGUGGGGACGGAGUACUCGGACCAUUGGAAGGGAUAUAUGGAGGGGGCGUUGACGAGUGGGGAUAGGGGGGCUAAGGAGGUUGUUGAGGUAUUGGGCCGGAAGAGGGCUAAUCUGUGAUAGCAAAUUAGGGACAUCAAUAUCUUGAAGUGAAUCAUCUAUUCUGGGUUCCUCUACUAAUGUCUAGAAGGUAUUCUGAAGCAAGCAUAAGAGAAUGGAAGAGAACCGCA